AGUUGCCGAAAUGAGGUGGGCGUGGCUUGCAAUAUCCAAUGAUAGGAGGCUCCUAAAGGAAGAGGGCGGUACCCGGUGAAAUGAUUGUCCAAUGAAUAUCACUAACGCCACAGACACCAAGGCAGCGCCGCGGCUGUGGGGACGAUGGAGAAUUUCACGGCGCUAUUCGGAGCUCAAGCUGACCCACCACCGCCUCCAACUGCACUCGGCUUCGGACCAGGAAAACCUCCACCUCCACCUCCACCUCCUCCGGGCGGGGGACCCGGCACGGCCCCGCCUUCAUCCGCGGCCACCGCCCCUUCGGGUGCAGACAAGUCAGCGGCUGGUUGUGGCCCCUUUUACCUAAUGAGGGAACUGCCAGGUAGUACAGAGCUGACAGGCAGCACCAAUCUGAUCACACAUUACAACUUGGAACAUGACUAUAAUAAAUUCUGUGGAAAGAAGGUGAAGGAGAAGCUAAGUAAUUUCCUGCCUGACUUGCCAGGGAUGAUUGAUCUGCCUGGUUCCCAUGAUAACAGCAGCCUCCGUUCCCUCAUUGAGAAGCCACCUAUUCUUGGUGGCUCUUUUAAUCCUAUCACAGGGACCAUGCUCUCUGGCUUCCGCCUCCAUACUGGCCCGUUGCCCGAGCAGUGUCGUCUGAUGCACAUUCAGCCUCCCAAGAAGAAGAAUAAACACAAACACAAACAGAGCCGUACCCAGGAUCCUGUCCCCCCAGAAACACCAUCUGAUUCGGAUCACAAAAAGAAGAAAAAGAAAAAAGAAGAGGAUCCUGAUAGGAAAAGGAAGAAGAAAGAAAAGAAGAAAAAGAAGAACCGACAUAGUCCAGACCAUCCAGGUAUGGGCAGCUCCCAGGCCAGCAGCAGCAGCAGCCUCCGUUAACAGAAUCACUGGACUCUGGCUUUUCCUGCAGUACUGAAUCUGCUAACAAAAGCUAUCUUCCAGGCUCUUGGGAUGCUGCUUUGAGAGCAUCCAGCAGUGUGGACAGAGACCAGCUCCUGCUGUACUUUAUUAAGAAUAAUACAUUAGAAGAGAGAAGGGCAUGUAAGGCUCAGCCCUGUUGGCUUUCUCAUGGACAUCUCUUCCUCUCCCAGGAAGCUUCCUAUUUCUUUUCUCUCCUGUGCAAUUUGUCUGAUUUCAGGACUUGGUUUGUUAGGAUUUUUCGUAAAAAAAAAAAAAAAAAAAAAAAAAAAAAUUUUUUUAAUUUAU